AUGAGUGAUCAAAAGAAAGCCGAUCCAUUCAAGUCGUUCAUCGCUGGAGGUGCUGCAGGUGCAAUUGAAGGUGCCAUAACAUACCCUUUCGAAUUCGCCAAGACCAGAUUGCAACUUGUAGAUAAGUCGUCCACGCAGUCCAGAAACCCAUUGGUAUUAAUAUAUAACGUUUCCAAGACCCAAGGUGUGUCUGCUCUAUACGUUGGGUGUCCUGCCUUCAUUGUUGGUAAUACGGCUAAAGCAUCGGUGAGGUUCCUUGGUUUUGACUAUAUCAAGUCAUUGCUUGCAGACAGAAACGGGAAAUUGUCUGGACCAAGAGGUGUAAUUGCCGGAUUGGGGGCUGGGUUGUUGGAAUCUGUGGUUGCUGUCACUCCCUUUGAAGCCAUUAAGACUGCCUUGAUCGAUGACAAGCAAGCAGCCAAGCCUAAGUAUCAAAACGGCCUUGUUUCUGGUACUGUGAAAUUAUGCAAAGAUUUGGGCCUUAAAGGGCUCUACGCCGGUGUCGUUCCUGUCUCUGUGAGACAAGCAUCAAAUAGUGCUGUCAGAUUGGGUGGUUACAACGUAGUAAAGACCAUGAUACAGCAAGCUACUGGGACCAAACCUAAUGAGCCAUUGAGCUCAGCUGCCACCUUUGCCGUAGGUUCAUUUGCUGGUGUUAUCACCGUGUAUGCAACCAUGCCAAUUGACACUGUCAAGACCAGAAUGCAAUCCUUGGGUGCUGAUAAAUUGUACACUUCCACCUUAAACUGUUUUGUCAAGAUCUUCAAAGAGGAAGGCUUGUUGACGUUCUGGAAGGGUGCUACGCCUCGUCUUGGUAGAUUGAUAUUGAGUGGUGGUAUUGUAUUUACUGUUUACGAGAAGAUGUUAGUCAUCAUGAAUUAG